UCUGUUAAAUAAUUUCUUUUUUAGAUAAGUAAUGCACAGUAUAUUUUUAAUAAUGGUUUUUGAAACACUUUUUUGCAAUAAAUAUUAAUUUGAAAGUUACAAUGAACAACACAAUGGUGGAGAACAAUAAACCAGCUGUACCUGCCAAACCAUCAGCAAUAAAAAAGGAAUCUUUCAAAUUUGGUGAUAAGCUAUUUGGUAAAGCAGCUUUAGAUUCGGUUUUGCAAUUAAAUCUCACAGAAAUCAAACUUCUUGAACAGGUGGAGUUGUAUUCUGAAAGACGAGCUCAUCUUGACAUGGAAUAUGCUGAAAAGUUAGGUAAACUACAUGACAAAAUGAAACUAACAGAUAUAAACGUUUAUAACAGUGGAAGCCUCCUUGAUAAGGCAUGGAGAACUUUUAUGAAUGAAUCUGAAAAUAAAGCCAUUACAAUGUUGAGCAUGACAAAACUGCUAAACCAACAGAUUGUUCCUAGGCUUAAAACUUUAAUAGCACGUAGAAAAGAAGUUUUGGAAAACUUCAAAUCGUGUAGAGCGAGGAUAGAGAAGGAUUUUAAUUGGAGCUCAGAGGAAGUUACAAGGUUGCAAAAUACUUAUAAAAAUGCUUUGAGGCAAUCUUCUAAAUGGAAAAAUAAAAUCGACGAAUCUUAUCAAAAAACUAGAGCACAAAAAGAUUGGCACAGAUUCAAAGAAAGGCUUGAUCAUGCUUCUCGCAGUUUGCAUAUGAAUCAUAAUGAAUAUUUUCUAUCACUUGCUGCAUUAAACAAGCAUCAAAAAUAUCAUAAUGAAGAAUUGAUACCACAUUUAUUAGAUUCAAUGCAAGAUGUUCAACAGCGACUAGUUCAACCUUGGAAAGAAAUUUUUGUUGAUAUUCAGUAUAACACCAGUUGGUGUCGCGAAGAAUUUAUCACAUCUGAGAAAGAAGUAAAGCAAAGUCUGGAUUUAAUCGAGAGUGAAAAAGAAUAUUAUGGUUUUAUAAAUGCUAACAAAAAACCUCCUGCACCGUUGCUUCCUCACUUUUUUGACACCACUUUAGUAAAAGACAAAAACGCAACAUCAGGAUUAACAGAAGACAGUCUUGCUAUCAAUGACCUAACCCACAUUCAAUUAGAAAACAAAAAGAAAGAGCUUUCCGAUAAACAAUCCGAUUUAGAUGCAGCUAUUAAUUCUAAGAAAGAAAAUUACAAUGAACAAAAACGAGUUCUUCAGGAGAUGUCUGCUGGUGAACAUAACAAAGCUAUAUACAGUACAAUCGAACAAUGCAUCAACUGCCACAAUCUUCAUCUAGAAGUGAAAGAGGCGAUGUGUAGGGCAGGUCUGAACGAGGUUCAAUAUGAUUGGGUUGAGACGUCAUUGAGAACUGUGGAAGAUAGCGGUCCUAGACCAUACAUUGAUCUUAAUCCACCCAGCAAGUCUCAGACUACACCAAGAAAGUUACCGAAGUCAGAGAAUAGUACACCUGUUAAUGGAGACACGAAGCAGAGAAGUUCCACAUUGUUAGGCAAGCUACGUAAACGCCCAGUUUCUACUGUAACCACUGAAGAACACCAAAACCAACGACCACCUUCGAGUUGUUCUGAUGAAUCGUACGAAGAGCCUUUUGAAAGUCUAGAGUUUGUCUCGUGGUUUCAUGGUAAGAUAGAACGUGCAGAUGUACAACGCUUGUUGAAGAAUGAUGGUGAUUUUAUCGUUCGUGAAAGGUCUGAUGACUCAGGAGACAUUGUGUUGAGUGUGAAGUGGAAGGAAAGUACAAAGCACUUUAUAUUAAAGCCAGAUGACCAGGGAAAGUACAAGUUGGAGGCGGAUUCGUUUCACAAUAUUCCCGCGCUUAUUAACCACCAUCACGAAAAGCGCAUCGUCAUCCAGGCUAGUACCGGCAUAAUUUUAGUAAAUGCGAUAAAGCGACCGUUUUUUAGCGGUGAUUCGUUCACUGUUCCUCACGACGAUGUGCAGUUGGAUCGAAAACUAGGUGGUGGGCAUUUCGGUGAAGUUUAUUUGGGAGUUCUUCUCUCCAAAAAUAGAUCAAUCGCUGUGAAAACAUGCAGAGAAAACGUGGACGCAAAAAUAAAGACGAAAUUUUUGGAAGAGGCGAAAAUCAUGAAGCCCUGUGUGCACCCAAACGUGGUCGAAUUGAUUGGUGUUUGUAACGAUCGCGAACCUUACUACAUCAUUAUGGAGCUCUGUGAUAAAGGAGAUUUACUUAACGUGCUAAAAAAGGAGGGCGUCAGGCUCGAAGUAAGAGAUUUGUACAAUAUGGCGUUGAACACUGCCGAGGGGAUGGCGUAUCUUGAAAAGAUGCAGAUAAUUCACCGUGAUUUAGCAGCACGGAACUGUUUGGUCACUAAAGAUAACAUUGUCAAAAUUUCUGACUUUGGUAUGUCGAGGGAGGAGGACAAUGAGGGUAUAUAUACUAUACACAGUACGAAAGAAAUCCCGUUUAAAUGGUGUGCACCUGAAGUAUGGCAGUAUACGACUUACUCAACCAAGUCGGAUGUUUGGGCGUAUGGCGUCACCUUAUGGGAAAUAUUUUCGUUGGGUAACACGCCAUACUCAUCGUGGAAUAACAGGCAAACACGUGAACAAAUUGACAAGGGUUACCGACUUCCGCCACCAAGUGGUACUCCUCCGCAGAUCUUUGAAAUCAUGCAGAAAUGUUGGAAUGCCAACGAUAGCUUGAGGCCGCACUUUUCGGAGAUAGUCAUAACACUGGGCAAUAUGCGAGAAAUAUUUGGAGACUAGAGGAAACAUGAUUUGUUUGUUUGUUUAUUUGUUUUUUCUCUGGUUAGUUUGUUUGUUUUAAAUACCUAUUUAUUUGGGUUUGUAUAUGUUUAAUGCGAUUUUUUAAUCCUUCGUUAAAAGCCCAGGUCUGAAGAAUGAACCUAAAUCUAGUCACUGAUCAAUUUGUUCUGCGACAAAAGUCUUAUCAAGUUUUCGUUGCAAUAACAGAAUAAGGAAGCGAGACUACUCAUUAUUCUUUCGUGAGAAGUAAGAAAAACGUUUUUCUGCGUACUUUGAAUUUCUAGAAUAUAUUUUUAAAAGCAUUCGACUUAAUUUUUUUAAAUUGGUUUAAUUUUUUAUAUAGGCUGCGAUUUUAGGGGUGUCCAUUUUUUAUUUUUAGGGCUUUGUUUGAUUGCACCUGUUACUAUUUCCUACACAACCCAAGCACCCCCGAUCCCCACCCCCAUUCCCCAAACACCACAAAAAAAGGCAAGUCGUUAAAUUCCUAGAAAGUUUUAAAAAGGCAUAGCGAACAGAUAAAAUUCGUUGUUUUUUUUUACUUAUGUCACUGUGACAGAUAGUUGUUAACAUAGAGCAUAAAUUUUUUCGGGUUCUGCUCAAAAUAAUUAAUGUCGAAAAAUGUAAAAAAAAAAAAAUAGUAACGAACAAAUUUCAAUGUUGACUGUAAAUCAUUUCAGUUUAAUGGAUUAAGAAACUCCGAUCUUUUGAUUUAUAUUAUAUCGCACAUUUUUAAUAGUAUUGUUUUUAUAUUUACUGUCAGAAUAUGUCUUGAAAAGUGUGUUUCCCCCUGGAAGCGAAUAUGGGGAAAAAUCUCCUUUGCUUCAAUGUUGUGAAACACAUAAAUUUUCACUAUGUUGUCAUUAUACAACAAUAAAAGAUACAAUUACUAAAUAAUUUUUUUGUAGUUUGUAAAGCAUUUUUUUUGUAUUUGUAUGAAAUAUAAAGAUUUUAUAUAUUUGAUAAUUUUUGUAAAUAUAUAUAUUUUAACGUGCACAAGUGACUUCUUGUAAUUUUGACACGAAUUACAUAAGAAUGGAACCGA